AUGGCCAGUAUUGAACAACAAAUUCAAGAACUUAAUGCUGAUAUUGAUGAAAUAAAAAAGUUACUUACUCAAUCAAAUCGUUCACGAGUAAAACAAUUUCUUGAAGUUCAACAACGUCGAUUGGAAACUGAUUUAGUUACACUUAAAGAAAAACAAGAACAAAAUACUGCAUCAGCAGUAGAAAAAAAACAAAGUGUAACUGUACCACCAUCAGCAAAUCGUUCUUAUACAAAAGACUUAACACUUUAUGCUUGGGAUCAAACGGAUAAAUUCGUAAAAGUAUACGUUCAAAAUUUAGAUGGUGUUGGUGAUUUACCUGCCAACCAAGUUCGUUGUUCAUUUGAAGAUCAAGGUUUUACACUUGAAAUAGCUAAUUUAAAAAAUGUUAAUUAUAUAUUUAAACGAGGUCGUCUCUUACAUGAAAUCAAACCUGAACAAUCAUCAUAUAAAGUUAAAAAAGAUAUGGUUAUUGUAUCAUUAGCUAAAGCAGAUUCCAAAAGUUGGGAAUGCAUAUUUCGUGAUGAAAAGAAAGCUCCAGAAAAACAAUUACCAAAAAUGGAUGAUAGUAAAGAUCCAGGCGAUUCAUUAAUGCAACUUAUGAAGAAUAUGUAUGAAACAGGUGAUGAUGAAAUGAAACGAACAAUUGCUAAAGCAUGGACUGAAUCACGUGAAAAAAUGAAUACUGGUGGCGGUGGCUCAGAUAUGCCUGAAUUUUAG